GUGUGAAUGGACUGAUGCAUUUCUCACAAUUAAGCAGCCCCUCAGUUUACAGGUCGACCACAACAAAGCAACAACUCGUCCCCGGAUAUUCCGAGCUCAAAUAUGGCUCUUUAAACUCGUGAAGUUGUCGGACCCUAUAAGAACCCGUGCUUUGCCUUUGCAACGCACCCACCUUUUUCUCUGCAAGAAUGGAGUUUCAUUAUGCUCACCCAGCCCUGCUCUCUGUGGCCCAUCUGUCAGACCCUGCUUGCUCUCAGCAUAUGCUUGGACUUAAAUUGAAUCAAAACGCCAACAGACAAUAUGAUGGCAACAUCAGCUCCUGUUUGGAAGAGUCUUCGUGUCUACCCGGCAGACCCCCUCGCUCACUCUCACCCACAGGCUAGCCACAGCCAAUCACAGGGGUGCAGGGGGGAGGUGUCAGAGGAGAGUCAGCACUUAAUUGGUGAGUUGCAGCGAGUACGCUUUUUUAUAUUUUUCCCCAUUUCAGGUGGGCUCGGCACUGCAGCACAUUCGUCCUUCCUGAACAGUGAUGGUCUCACUGACUGGAUGACGGAAGAAGUGGAUUUCUCCUCGUACCUCCCAAACCCUCCUUCCCCUCCCUCCUCCACCAAUGCCUCCCUUCCCCCUUCGCCCCUUCAGAAUGAUAUCCAUGUGCCCUCCGAUUUGGAGGUCAUGACCUCUCUGCUGCAAGAGGAACUUGCCCAACUAGAGGACUACUUCCUGUCCGAGCCGCUGCCAGAGAAAGGGCCGAGGCUCGGAAAAUGCGACAGGGGUCCACUGCCGGCGGGUCCCCAGCCGUUCAGUCAGCUGCCAUAUGCAUCAUACUCCACAUCCAACCAAUCGGAAUCCAGCCCACUCCUUGUUACCCUGGCAACCGGAGAACUGGACCUGCUGAGUAUCUGUGGCGGGCCCAUUGGGCGAUCCAAAAUUCCAAGACACGCCCCGUACAGCUGCAGUCUCCCCAGUGGGUGUGUUAGGAAAAGAGUUCCUGACGGUGUGAGGUUCGGUGAAGGCUAUGACAACAGUUUGUUGAGUUCCAAAGUAAGUCACUCAGGUAACGCAGCGGUGACCCUCCCAGGUAGCUAUGACUGUGUCGAGGACCAGCAGCUGGUCGGAAAAAGCUACUGUCUGGGUAGUGCAGUCGAGGUCAGAAGAUGUGCCGUUCUACCGAAAGACGACAACAAUUGCUGUUUCAGUCAAGAUGUCAUGGGUGGUGCGAAGGUUGUCGGUGGUGGAUUUGGCUUUGGUGGGUCACUUAACCUCCCGCACAAGAAAGAGGAUCUGCUGAUGUAUAGCAUGAGGGAGGUCAGCGGCGGCACUGGGAGCAACGAGGUGCUCAAUAGUAUCAAAACAGUGGAGAUGACAAAAGCCUCCGUGUCGUGGAAAACAGAGAGCGGCGAGGGUUGUUAUCUUCCGUCAACAGCUCAGUCUGAGGCCUACCACAGCUUCUUCAGCAACAUCAACGAACAGGUGAAAUCAGAGAGUCUACAGAUAGGGCAGCAUGAUUUGCACUGUAAUUUCCUGGAGGAUCAGGGCCCAGAGUGUCUUUUAAUGGCGAGGGAGAGUCUGAACUUGGAGCCCUCAGGGCACAGACAAGCAUGCAGGCUGAAGGAAGACCACUGUGAUUUGAAUUGCGAAGAGGACCUCAUCCCGGCUGAAGGCGGGAAGCGCAAACAGAAGAAGAGAGAUCAGAACAAAACUGCCGCUCACAGGUACCGCCAGAGAAAAAGGGUGGAGCUGGAUACUCUGGAGGAGCAGUUGCAUGGCCUUGAAGGGAAGAACCGGGAGCUCCGGGACAAGGCAGAGUCGGUAGAACGUGAAAUCCAGUACGUCAAAGACCUGCUGAUUGAGGUUUACAAGGCCCGCAGCCAAAGGCUCAAGCAGGACACGACAGCGUAGCACCAAACUCCUGCAAGUACAUUGAAAGAGGGCGCAGCAGGGAGAACGUAGCGCUCUUUGUGUCUGUAAGAUUUUUCGGAAUUGAAUGUUUAAUUAUUUUUUGGUGGAUAAAUGCAUGCUUCGCUAGUGUGAAUUAUUGUUUAACAUUUUAAGUCAACACUAUCCAAUUCUUCCAUUGCUUUCACACUCUAAUCACUUGAGCCUGCACUGUGGCAUUGCAAUGCUUUAAAUGACAAUCAUUUUUAAUAGAUCUCACACUGCCUGGAUCUACUAAUUGAAAAUACGGUUAUUUCUGAAGAAGUAAUGUAUUCAUUAUGCAGGUUUGAGAUUAUUAACAGCCUUACAUUGGAAUUGAUGUCAGCAAAAGAACGUUUUUUGUGUGUUUUUUUUACAAUCCCUGUACCACCUUGUACAUGAGUUGAAGUCGACAAAUAUGUUGGCGUCUAUCAAAGAGCAUCAUUUCAGUUUGAACACAUCUUUCAAACCAAAUACCUUUCUCGAAUAAUUUCUUGCCUCUUGAACCGUAAAUGUUAUUUCGAUUGCUAUGAAUAUUUUAGAAUAUUAGGAUUGCGCUUGAAAAUGUAUUCUUUUACAAAAGCGGAAAGGACGGAUGAUGUACGGAAAAGUGAGAAACCUUUCAUCAUCAACCAUGGCAAAUAUCCUUAUCAGUUUAAUAUUGUUAAUUUUUUUUAGACAACUACUUUGAUUGACUUCAGGUUUAAUGCAACCCAACAUAUUCAGUCAAUAAAAGGACUUGCAUUUUUUUAGCAUCUUUAUUACUUUUACUGAAGGCCAACCAUUUACCUUUGACCCAUGCUUUAUUAUAAAAAUGACUGUUCAAUUUGUUUUUUCUUUUAAUGCCCAAAUCACCGAUUUCAUCCAGCAGUGUCUGAAUGAUUGAUUCUGUGACCAAAUGAGAAUUAGCUAAUGAUUUUAACAGUUUUGAAUUCAGAAACUUACAUUGUGUUUGUUGCAAAUGAUACUAUCUAUUUUGCAGCUCAGGAUAUACAAUGUGUUCUCCCGUCUGCCAGUGGAAGAUUCAUGGCAGGAGACUUCUGUCCUUCACUUUACAUGGUAAAGAUUUCACUACAUUAUUUUACAUCCAGGUUUUCCUGAUGUAAAAAAAAAAAAGGUUUUCCAUUUGUAUAAAUAUUGUAACUGGUGGGGUUUUAGCAGCCUUCCUCUGCAUGUUUUUCCAUAUACGGAGUAGAAAAUGUAGAAUUUCAGAAAUGAGGGGGAUUUUUUUCUCUAAAAUGCUUGUUGAGGCAAUACGUUUUAUAGGCCUCUGGCUGAUCUGCACUAAUUUGUAACAACUUUUGUAUGUUCAGGGAGAAAAGUGUGUUAGCCAUUUCUUUGUAGAAAAAAGAAAUCUCAUUCGGUUAUUUGUUAAUGCUUUGGCAGUGUUAGCGUUGGUGUAGGUUUCCGUCAAUAAUUUAUUUUCCAAUCUGAUUUAUUGCUAACGGAAAUAACCACUUAUACUGUUAAACAUGCCUGUACCGAGAAUAGAUUUUUUUCUAUGCCUAUUUAUUUUAAGACAAUCUUGGAUAUGAACGCGGACUUAUUGACGUGUAUUUAAUGUGUUUAUCAGCUUUUGGCAAUAAAUCAAUGUCCCGUUGUUCGACCUCGCUGCGGUGCACUAUCAACUCCGAUGGUUAAAACCAAAAAUAAGUGACCGCGCAUAAUAACGCUGUGUAGUUCCAUGUUCAUUUACUCCAAUAGAAAUGUCGUUUGUGUGGCGUCAGAUGUUUGUUACUUUUCUUAAAAUGAAUAAAUAAAGUGAAUCAUUAAAUCA